AUGUCGAUAAUCGAAAUACAGCACGAAAAGCCCAUCGGUGCUACCGAUGUCGAUGCGAGCGUUCUCACAGAGCCAGCACGGCAUGAGGCACAGCUCCCGGAACCAGAUACCCAAGAUCAGACUCAGAACCAAAACGACGAGAGCAACGCGCCUCCAGACGGCGGACUGCAAGCAUGGCUCCAAGUCGUCGCCUCUUUUCUCCUCUACUUCAACCACCUGGGCCUCCUCAACAGCUUCGGCGUCUUCCAGACCUACUACGAAACGGACCUCCUCAGCACCUCCUCCCCGUCGUCCAUCUCCUGGAUCGGCUCCAUCCAAAUCUUCUGCCUCAUGUCCGUCGGCGCCCUCAUCGGCCCGCUCUACGACGCGGGCUACUGCCGCGCCCUCCUGGCCGCCGGCACCCUCCUCGUCACGCUCGGCUUCAUGCUCGCCAGCGUCAGCACGCGCUACUGGCAGAUGCUCCUCGCGCAGGGCGUCUGCCUCGGCCUGGGCGCGUGCUGCCUGUCCAUCCCGUCCAUCGCCAUCGUGCCCAUGUACUUCAAGCGCCGCCGGGCCCGCGCCAUGGGCCUCGCCACCGUGGGGAGCGGCCUCGGCGCGACGCUGUACCCCCUCAUGUUUGAGAAGCUCCGGCCAGCGAUCGGCUUCGGGUGGACGAUGCGGGCCAUGGGCUUCAUGGCGUUUGCCAUGUGCUCGUUUGCGCUCCUCCUCAUCCGGCCUCGCAGCAGCACGGCGGCGGCGCUCAGCAGCAGCAAGAAGCAGAAGCCCGGCUGGCAAGCGGGCGGCUUCUCCAUCCGCUGGUUCUGGGACCCGUCCGCCCUCCGGGAGCGCACGUACCUGCUCUACUGCGUCGCCAUCUUCUUCAACAACCUGUCCUUCUUCAACCCGCCGUACUACCUGCAGAGCUACGCCGUCCUGCACGGCAUGCGGGGCCACGCCCUCGCGGCCUACCUGCUGCCCAUCCUCAACGCCUCCUCCAUCCCGGGCCGCAUCAUCCCCGGGUUCGUCGCCGACCGCGUCGGCUCCCUGGACACGUACGUCGUCGUCUGCGCCCUCAGCAGCGCCAGCGUCUUCUACUGGAUCAGCGUCACAAACGCCGCCGGCAACAUUGCCUUUGCCGUCCUCUACGGCUUCUGGUCCGGCAGCGUCGUCGCCCUCGGCUCCGUCGUCCUGACAUCCAUCACCCCUGACAUGAGCCGCCUGGGCACGAGGCUGGGCAUGGUGUCCAUCCUCAAGGGCAUAGGGUCGCUCAUCGGGCCGCCCAUCUCGGGUGCGAUUCUGAACGGCACGGGCAAGUACAUUGGGAUCCAGCUCCUCGCUGCGUGCGGCAUCAUGCUCACUUCGCUGCUGUCGCUGGUGCUGCGGCUGGUCAUUGCGAGGGCGCUGUUCAAGUCCGUCAGGGACGAUGACGAGGCCUACAUGGACGCGACUCGGCCCAAGUCCAAGGCCCCCAUGGAAGCCCGUGUCAUGGAAGACAAACGCGCAACAUAG